AUGCCCGCCGAGAAAGAGACCGUUGCGUUCGAGCCUAAGGGCAUGCUCUACAGGAAUCUCGGAGAGAGCGGCCUCCGUGUCCCUGUCUUCUCCUACGGUGGAUGGUUGACUGUUGGAGGUACCCAGAAGGGUGACCAGGUCAAGGAGCUCAUGCAGAAGGCAUGGGACCUGGGUAUCAACAUGUUCGACAACGCCGAGGUGUACUCGAAUGGCCAGUCUGAGAUCGAGAUGGGCCGCGUGAUCAAGGAGCUCAACUGGGACCGCCGCGACCUGGUUAUCACGACCAAGGUCUUCUUCGGCACUGGCCGCAAGGAGAUUCAGAACACCCGCGGUCUCAGCCGCAAGCACAUCAUCGAGGGUGCGCACGCUUCGCUGCACCGUCUCGGACUCGACUAUGUCGAUGUCAUCUUCGCGCACCGCCCCGACCCUACCGUGCCCAUGGAGGAGAUUGUGCGUGCCUUCAACUGGCUGAUCGACAACAACAAGGCCUUCUACUGGGGCACGUCGGAGUGGUCUGCGGCGCAGAUCACGCAGGCGAAGGAGGUUGCGCGCCGCCUCAACAUGGUCGGCCCCACGGCCGAGCAGCCGCAUUACUCGAUGCUGCACCGCGAGCGCUUCGAGAUCGAGUACGCCGACCUCUUCAAGCGCGAGGGCCUCGGCAGCACGAUCUGGUCGCCUCUCGACUCGGGCAUGCUCACCGGCAAGUACAACGACGGCGUGCCCGCCGGCUCGCGCUUCGACACCAACAAGGCCUUCUUCAAGGACACUGUUGCCGCGCUCCAAUCCGAGGAGGGCAAGGCCAAGAUUGAGAAGGUCAAGAAGCUCACCAAGGUCGCCGAGAAGCUUGGUGCGUCCAUGACCAACCUCGCCCUCGCCUGGACGCUCCUCAACCCCAACGUCUCGACCUGCAUUCUCGGUGCCACCAAGCCGGAGCAGCUCGAGGAGAACGUCAAGGCCCUCGACGUCUACAAGAAGCUCAAGGACCAGCCCGAGGUCAUUGCCCAGAUCGAGGAGAUCCUCGACAACAAGCCGACCUUCUCCAACGGCUACGGCCGCUACGACAAGAACGGCGACUUCCUGUACAAGCUAUAA